AUGUCACGAACGGGGAUGGAGCGGGACGACGGCGACGAGUCCCCCUCGCACGCAGUGGGCCCGCCACCGCAGCUGCAACCCUCCCUGGCGAGCUCCGUGGCGACGCUGGCGCGCAACCUCGCCGGAACCAUCGUGCGCGGUGUCUCCAGCGCCUCCGAGGUCGCGCGCGAUCGCCGCCUGCGGCAGCGCGCCGUCAACCAGGUCGCAGGGUCAGCGAGCAACGCAGCCUCGCAAAUCCGGAUGGGUGCGGAGUCGCGCGUGACCAACGUCCGGGCGGUCCUGCGGCGCAUCCAGGAGCGCAUCGAGGAGAACCGCCACGCCGCGCUCCUCGCGGCGGUGCAGGACGAGCCCGUCGACGUCCAGAUCGGCCCGCAGCUAUACGAGGACGCGCCGCAGGAGAUGCGGACGCGGCUGUGGCUGAGCCUCGUCGACGACCCGAUCUACCGGCAGCUGAUCCGAGACGAGCGCGGGGCGUCCGAUGGGGACAGCGCGGGCGGGGGGGACGCACGCGGCGAGGGUGAGGCGGAGGGUGGGGAGGUGGCGUCGAAGGAGCUCCAGCGGUCGCCGACGCGGGCGCCUGCGGAGCUGCACGCGGACCUGGAGCACGCGCUGCAGGUCGCGGACAAGUUUCGCAGCGGCGAGGACGCCCCGCCUGACUCAGGCAAGGAGGGGGGCGACAUCGACUGGGACGAGUUCGUGUCAGCGGAGCAAAAGGCCCCCGGGGGAGUGCCGCCGCGGGACCUCCUCACGGGGCAGGACGCCGACGCGCCGUCCAGAGCGUCCAGCGACGAGCGCAACACGUUCGGCGACCUCGGCCGCCAGCUGGGCCUCGAUCUGCUGCUCGGGGUCGGCACGGGAUCCCCGCGCAGGCACCACCACCACGGGCACGUGCGGCGGAGAAGCGUCGGGGCGCCGAAGGAGCCGGACGGCGCGCGGGGCGUGCAGCCCGGACACCGCCAGGCGUCCGUUCCCGCACAGCCGUUGGCCGGCGACGAUUGGGAGCUGCUGGACAUCACGUCGGGGUCGAAACAGCUCGCGGCGCCGAACCUGCGCAGCACGCUGCAGGCGGCGGGCGAGGGCGGGGCGGGCGAGGGCGCGGGGGGUCCGAGCAAGGCGCCCCCGGGGGGGUUGCACCCGACCGCGGCGCUAAUGGACCCGAAUGACCCGCGGCUCGGUGCGGACCGCGGGGAUCCGGGGGUGUGGGGGAGCUGCCGCGACGAGGAGGAGCUGGUGCGGCGGCUUUGGGAGAGCAUGACGCAGGUGCAGAUGCCCGUGACGGACGACUAUGUGGUGGGCGCGGCAGGGGCGGGGCGGGAGUCGCGGUACGCGACGCUGCUGCAGAUCAGCAUCGGGCUCGAGGACGUGGACGAGGAGAUCCGGCGCGACAUCCAUCGGACGUUCCCGGAGCACCCGCGCUUCUCCCGCAGGGACGGCCAGGAGGCCCUUUACAACGUUCUGAAGGCGUACAGCGUCCACGACCUCGAAGUGGGGUAUUGCCAGGGCAUGGCCUUCGUGGCGGGGUGCCUGCUCAUGUACGUGCCGCAGGAGGCCGCGUUCCACCUCCUGCGCAUGAUCAUGGCGCCGCGCGGCGGCAACAUGCGCGCCCUGUUCCUCCCCGGCCUCGGAGAGCUGCGCGCGACGCUCGCGCGGCUCGAGUGGCUGGUGCGAAAGCACCUCCCGCGGCUCGCGGCGCACCUGGAGAAGCUCGGCGUCCCUGCGGUGCUGUACGCGUCGCAGUGGUUCCUCACCGCGUUCUCGUGCCCGAUGCCGCCGCCGUUUGCGUGCCGCGUGCUGGACGUGGUCCUCAUCGAACGGUCCACGGCGAUCAUGCUCCGCGUGGCGCUGUCGAUGCUGGAGUCGCUCGAGGAGGAGCUGCUCGGGGUGGACGACUUCGAGGAGACCAUCGCGGGCCUGAAGCUCGGGCCGGUGGGGUGGCCCGCGGGGCGCAUGCGGGCGGUGCUGAACAACGCGGUGGCGAUCCCGCUGGCGGACGAGGACGUGCGGGACAUCGACGGGUGGAUCGGGGCCGCGGAGGCGGAGGCGGAGGCGGAGCGGGACGCGCCGCGCUCUGAGGCGGGGGGGGGUCAGCGGGCGCCGGGGGUGGACGAGGGGGGUGAGGGGGGGAGUGGGGAUGAUGCGGGGGGUGGCGAGGGGGCGAGCGGGGGGAACCUGAUAGAUUUGUGA